AAUAAUAAAUUCAAAAAAGAAAAAAAAUCUAGCCAAACGGAGUAAUCUGUUUCGUUUUUCCUAUGGGAAAAUUAGUAGCUUGACUCAACUCAAUCAAACUUCAAGCCGUCAAACACGAAAGCGUACAGUACGGCCUCUCCGAUGCGCACAUUUCUCGGAACCUUCGAGAAUCGGAUUCCGAGUCUCUGACUCGCUUCUCGCAAACGGAGAUUCGAUUUCGAAGCGAUUAAGAAUGUUGAGCUCGUCCUACUCUCAGGCUCUCCUCCGCCGCCCCUUUCUCCCUCCGGCGACUUCGAUUCCUAGGGUUUCGAACCGCCCCAGAGACAGGUUUUCGAUCACUCGCAGCCUUCGGAUCUUCGAAUCUCAUUCCAGGCCUUCGAACAAGGGAGGGAAAAGAAUUUCAUGUUUUAGACAUCAGGAUUUUUCGUCUGAAACCAAAAAGUCUGAAUACAUUGAACAUGCUGCGCCUGAGGAAGCCGUCAAGUCUGAAACUCAGAAAUCAGAGUACAUCGAACUUACUGCUUCCGUGGAAGUCGUUAAGUCUGAGUGCAACGAUUCAGAGGCAGGGAAAAAGAAUUUGCCGUCUCGGAUUUGGGAGCUUGCAGUUGCGGUUUUUAGGUCAAUUGAGAGCCGGUGGACUGUGCCGUGGACAUUAGAGACCAUAUUGCAGGUUAUGCUUCUUUGGGUUGCUGCGUUUUGUUUCAUAGGUUCUUCGAUGGUCCCAUUUGCAGCCCAUUUGACGGGCCUCAGUAGGGAAUCGCUAACGCUUAGAGGACAAGCCUUGUUCAGCUUGUUGACUGAUAUAACCGAAGGUCUUGCUGGAAUAAUGAUUCUUCUUCGUUGCUUGUCUCGGUUUCGGCCUCUUCCUCCAGAUUGGUUUAGAUUUAGCUUCAAAGGAAACUGGUACAUUGAUGUUGUUCUCGGAUGCCUUAUGUUUCCCCUUGUUAAUGGGCUCUCGCACUUCAAUCUUAAACUCUUGCCUAUCUUGCCUUCGACGCCUGUCACUCUGUCAAGUGUUGAGCAGUCAGUAUUGGCAUGUGACCGAGUAGCAAUGGCACUGUAUGUAAUAGUAGUAUCAGUUUGUGCUCCUGUAUGGGAGGAGAUAGUCUUUAGGGGCUUUCUUCUUCCCUCCUUGACGAAAUACAUGCCUGUAUGGUGUGCAAUACUGGUGAGCUCCGUUGUCUUUGCUUUAGCGCAUUUCAACAUACAAAGGAUGCUCCCGCUUAUUUUUCUUGGGGUGGUGAUGGGUGCUGUUUUUGCGCGGUCAAGGAAUCUAUUGCCGUCAAUGCUCUUGCAUAGCCUUUGGAAUAGCUUUGUGUUUCUGGACUUGAUGAAGUAGCUGCUGCACAUAUACUUUCUUAUAGUCUGGUUGAUAUUUGACAAACCCAUUUCAGAAAAAUAGUCUAUUAAGGUCAAAUUUGUGGCAAGCACUGCAAUCUGUCCUAGGGUUAUGAGCCCCCUCCGAGGCUGGUCUGCUUGCGCUGUCUGAAUAAUUUUAGAUCAAUCACGUCCAAAGGAUGCAGUAUAACUCCCAGUAACUGAUUGCAAGUUUGUCAAUGCUCAAAGGUUUGGGAGGAAACUUGGUAUUUCAGGAGGAUCAGUUAGCAAUUUCAUCUUCUUGAUGAUAAAUGGCAUGUGGGCAAAGGGAAGAGAGAACUUUUUGUAAAUCAUCAUUUUCUGUAGGAGAUCUUUGAAGCUUACAAAGUUCUUGUAGUUUGAUAAGUCCCUUGUUUAUUUCUUCUCCCCCCUCAAAUUCUUUUUAUGGAAUAGUGAUGCAAAUCUCAAUGAGAAAAAAAAAAAGACUAAUUAAUUUAUUUGCAAUAUAACGGAAUUUGAAUGUAAAGGGUACUUGAUUUUCUGUCUGA